UCUAACCUGGAAGAGAUGGACACAACUCAGCUAAACUCGAUCAUUGCACAGUUCUAUCAGAACGGGCGUACGAAAGACAAUAAAAAGUUCACGCGAAAUACUCUUGUCUGUAUACGAGCCAGUCUUAACCGCUAUCUACACUCAGCAUGUCCUCAUCUGAAAGACAUAUCCAUGAUCAAAGAUCCAAGUUUUAUGUCAUCAAAUCGUGUCCUGGAGAAGCUGAUGGAAGAUGAAAGAGGCAGGGAAAAGGUCAUCAAAAAGAUUCCCCUGACUGAAGAGGAUAUUAAACAAUUGGUGUCUUCUGAUACACUGACUACAAAUAACCCUGCAGGUCUCCAGAGAAAGGUUUGGACUGACUUGGUCCUUCAUUUUGGAAUAAAAGGUUCAUUUGCUGCUGGUGCUAUCACCAAAGACACAUUCAAGAAGGAGGAGGAUGGAAAUGGCAAGGUCUACUACCAUCUGAACAUGGAUCAGAUCAUUGCCAAGGUGGAGACGCAUUCGGAGAUGAAGGAUUGGUAUUGGUAUUCUCGUAUGUAUGAGGUGAAGGACAGUCCACAUUGUCCCGUGAAGAGUCUUGUGUUAUAUUUGUCAAAGUUAGAUUCUGGACAUCCUGAAUUCUUCCAGAAACCUUUGGUGAACGAGAAGGGUGAAUGUCGCGCACGCUUUUGGUACAGCGGAGGGCUGGGCUAUAAAAAUGCUGUCACAAUGAUGGCAGGAAUCUCCAAGAAGGCUGCUUUGUCACGCGUGUACACAAACAUCUGCAUGCGGGCUACAGGGGAGGAAAUGUUGAGUGAACUAGGUUUGAACAUGGACAUUAAAGUCCUGUCAUACUCACGACCUGUACACCAAGACGAUGCUGUUUUAGAAAAGCAAAGCACAUGCCUACAUAAGACGUUUUACAAGGAUAGAUACAGCCAGGGUGAUGCCAUCAUCUGUCUGGAUUAGAUGUCAGACCCAGGAAAACCAUGCGUUUUGUGUAGUACAUGUACCUUUGUUGUUGUAAAAUAAAAUAUUUACUGGCAAUGGUCAGCUCAUUGUUCCAAUUCAAAUUGUUAUAUUUGUUUAAAAAUAUGCCGUAAAAUUUGCUAUUUUGGAUGGUUUAAAUUGUCACAAUUAAUAUUAAAAGCAUAAAGCAAAAAGUGACUGUUUCUAAUGAAGUCAUAAAAUCGACAAGGGAUUUGUUUAACAACUUUAUUUGAAACAUAUUGUUUUUUCUCUGCUUAAAAUAAGCACCCUUAAGUAUAUGUAUGGAACCAUAAUAAAGAUUCUUUAAAAGGAUAUUUAUUAUAGGUGUCUGUAUGUCAUAUAUUUGAACUAAGGCUUACAAACAUAAUUACUAAAUGGUGGUCCUUAGUGUCUCUCUGUUGGCUCUUCUAUAUUAUUCAAUAUCUAGAAUGGUUUGUUUAGAGCUAUUAAGAUUUCAUUAUCAAAAUAUAUCAGAGGAAGUGCAAACAGAAUGUUCACACCUUUGUUUUGGUGAU